AUGAGCUGGAACUGUCAAGGGUUGGGGAAUCCCUUGACAGGCCAGAGAAUCCGGGAAAUCAGUAAAACCAUUUCACCGGACAUCUUCUUCUUGAUGGAGUCAAAAAACCCCACAGAGGUCGUCUUAGACAAAUUCAAGCACUCAGGCUACGAAUUCCACUAUAUUAUACCACCAGCCGGACAUGGAGCUGGAGGAUUGGGUUUAUUUUGGAAGGAAAAGAUAACCCUUGAUGUGUUAGAUGCAACACCCAAUCUUGUAGACACUUGCAUUAGUUAUGAAGGAAAAGUUUUCUUUGCCUCUUUCAUUUAUGGAGAUUCGGACUCGCAGAAACGUCGCUUGUUAUGGAACCAUCUCACGACACUUGCUGAAUCACGUGAUGCCCCAUGGCUUAUCACUGGCGACUUCAAUGACUUACUCUGCAGUGAAGACAAAGAAGGUGGCCCGACCAGAGCUGAAGGAUCUUUUAGCGACAUGCGUACUUUCUAUGCCGAGAACGACCUCUAUGAUCUACAAUACUCGGGUGACCCCCUGUCAUGGCGCGGACAGAGAGGAAUCCACUAUGUACGCUGCAGGCUAGACAGAGCCGCUGCAAACUCCAAAUGGGCGGAAAUAUAUCCAACAGCAAGAAGCAUGUAUAUGGCGUACGAAGGCUCUGACCAUAGACCACUACUGUCUGUAUUUGAACCGGGAAAGAAAAAGGGGAAGGGGCUUUUUAGAUACGAUAGGCGUUUAAAAGAUAACCCUGAAGCCACCCAAGUUAUAGUAGAUGCGUGGAAAGAAGAAGCCAACAAACCAAUCAUCCAUCGCAUAGCUCGGGUUCGAAGUGCAAUCUCCAUAUGGCACAAGAAUAGGCAUCUCAAUAGCAGGGAAAAAAUAGUAGAAAAGAAGAUGGAGUUAGAAGAGGCCCUUUCAAGCACAGCUAAUGAUCUAGUACUGAUACGAAAAAUCUCUGAGGAGUUGAAGAAAGCUUACGCGGAUGAGGAAGCGUAUUGGAAACAACGGAGCCGUCUACUCUGGCUCAGACUUGGGGAUCGCAACUCUGGGUAUUUUCACGCAGCCACAAAAAAUAGAAAGCGUGCAAACUCCUUCUCCGUAAUCGAAGACGCCGAGGGGAAUAUGGUCUAUAAGGAGGGGCAGAUCUCCACAGUGAUAAUAAACUACUUCAAGGACCUGUUCACCAGCGCUGGUAGAGACGACUUGGAUAUAGUAGAAAGGGCCCUGACACCCAAGAUUACAGCGGAGGACAAUGAGCUACUUGUCUCCAUCCCCAGCGCAACAGAGAUCAAAGACGCAAUCUUCUCAGUUCACGCCGACAAAGCGCCCGGUCCGGACGGGUUCUCUGCGAGCUUUUUCCAUUCGAACUGGGAUGCUAUUGGAGUAGACAUAGUGCUGGAGGUGCAGCAAUUCUUCGAAACUGGCUUUCUACCCGAGAAGAUCAACGAAACCUUUGUCCGACUAAUCCCGAAGAUCCAGAAUCCGAAAGCCGUCUCGGACUACAGGCCCAUAGCCUUGUGCAACGUUUACUACAAGAUCUUCUCCAAGAUCUUGACAAAGCGUAUGCAACCACUGCUAGCUCAGGUCAUCUCGGAAAACCAGUCCGCAUUCGUCCCUGGGAGAGCGAUUUCGGAUAACGUCCUUAUUACACAUGAAGUCCUCCACUACUUAAAGACGUCCAAAGCAAAACAGAGAGUCUCAAUGGCGGUAAAAACUGACAUGAGCAAAGCAUAUGACAGACUCGAAUGGGGCUUCAUACGGAGAGUAUUAUUGCGGCUGGGAUUCCACGCAAAAUGGGUCGACCUGAUCAUGGCUUGCAUCACAUCUGUUACCUACGCCUUCCUCAUCAACGGCUCGCCUAGAGGAAGAGUUAAACCGAGCAGGGGAAUCCGACAAGGAGACCCACUAUCACCAUACAUAUUCAUCUUGUGUAGUGAGGUGCUCUCGGGGCUGUGUAACAAUGCGCAAGCGGACGGCAGCAUAGAGGGGAUCAGAGUAGCCAGGGGCUGCCCUCAGGUUAACCACCUCCUCUUUGCCGAUGACACUAUGUUCUUCAUUAAAGUGGACAAGGACAGCAGCUCGGCUCUGGUCUCUAUUCUGAAACAAUACGAGUUAGCGUCGGGUCAGACAAUCAACCCAAACAAGUCGACUGUCACCUUCUCUUCCAAAGCGCCGGGACCUUUAAAGACAGCCAUCAAAGACGUGCUGCAGAUUCAGAAAGAGGGAGGUAUUGGCAAAUACCUUGGCUUGCCCGAACACUUCGGUAGACGGAAAAAAGAUCUCUUCAAUGCGAUUGUGGAGAGAAUAAAACAGAAAGCGAAGAGCUGGUCAAAUAGAUUCCUCUCUACAGCCGGGAAACUCACCAUGCUGAAAAGCGUCCUAACGCCAAUCCCCUCCCACUCGAUGACUUGCUUCAAGCUCCCUGUCUCUCUUUGCAAAAGAAUACAAUCCGCAUUUACGCGCUUCUGGUGGGACAGCAAUGACGGGACACGGAAAAUGGCUUGGGUCGCAUGGUCAACAAUGACAAAACAUGCCUCGGAAGGAGGAUUAGGUUUCCGUGACAUACAAUGCUACAACGACGCCUUUCUGGCUAAGUUAAGCUGGCGAGUCUUAAACCACCCGGAAAGCCUGAUGUGCAAAGUACUUCUUGGCAAGUAUUGCGCCAACGAGAGUUUCUUGGAAGUUGAGACAAGGUCCAACGCAUCCCAUGGGUGGCGUGGAAUUAUGAUAGGUCGUGACCUCCUCGCAGCAAACACUGGCUGGACAGUGGGUACGGGUGAGGAUAUAGAAGUAUGGAACGACCCCUGGUUGGAUAAUGCAAACCAACUGCGUCCGAUUGGACCGGCACCCGAACUCCUAGUUCAUCUAAAGGUUGCGGACCUGAUUGACCCUAUCCAACAUGACUGGGACAGAGCAAAGAUCCAAGCCACCAUCCCUCAGUACGAAGAUACUAUCCUCAGAAUAAAACUGAGCAAAACAGGGGCGGCUGAUAAACUUAGCUGGCUCAAAACCGCAACGGGCGACUACACUACCAAGUCUGGCUACUGGACAGCGUAUGAAAGGAUGCGACAACACGAAGAACAGCACCACCAGGCGGAGUUUGACUGGAAUAAAGGGAUUUGGGGACUGGAAAUUGCCCCUAAGAUCAAACUGUUUCUGUGGAAGGUUUUCCAAGGAGCAUUACCAGUGGGAGAAAGAUUAAUCUCGAGGAAUAUAGCCGGUGAUCCAAAAUGCGGGCGAUGCGGUCUCACUGAAUCUAUCCAUCAUCUACUCUUUCAAUGUGAGUUCACUCAAAGGGUAUGGGCACUAGCUCCCAUCACCCCAAACGUUGAAGGUAGCGGAUUGAUAGACUUUCCUGUGGAUUGGCCGAACUUGCUAAGGCUGAACUGCCUUCCUCCAAUUGGCCUCACGUCUGCUCUACUUACCCCUUGGCUUCUCUGGUCUUUGUGGAUUGCACGCAACAACCUCCUUUUCAACAAGAAAACGGCCUCACCAGAAGAUGUCAUCACCCGGGCUGUAGCGGCUGCGAGAGAAUGGCUAAAUGCACAGGAACCAACUGUCAACAACCCCCGAAGAAACUCUAGAGUGGAGACAACAGUAGAGAAUUGCCACUGCUUACAAACAGACGCAGCAUGGGGAGCAGACACAGGACUUGCAGGCCUUGGAUGGACCGUCCAAAAGAACUCAGAGCGUUCAGAAUUUGGUGCACACUGCUACUACGUGGCGUCUCCUCUGGUAGCGGAGGCACUAGCGAUGCGCGAAGCAGUCCAGAAAUGUCGAGAGUUGGGGAUCCAACGCCUCCGAUGUGAAACAGACUCAGAGUUUGAAUUGAUUCAGUUCAGGUGGAUCCCACGGGAGAAAAACAAAGCUGCCGAUGCUUUGGCUAAGAAAGCUUUGCGCCUUGAAACUAUUGUAUUGAACUCAACCCUUAGGGCAUUGAAGAAUGCGGCAGGAUCUAAAUCGAGUGGGAGCUCUUUGGGCGAUGAUGACGUCUGUGAUUGGGGGUUUGUGGUGAGGAAGAAGAGAAGAGUGGAUGAGGUAUAUCCGAGUGGAGGUGAAGGGUCGUCGUGUAGGGAGCUGGCGAGAGUGAUUUUGAAGUUGGGAGAGGUGUACGAGAGGAUCGAAGGUGCGAAGCAGAGGAUGAUGGUUGAGUUGGAGAAACAUAGGAUGGAAGUUGCUAAGGAGAUUGAGUUGCAACGAAUGAACAUGUUGAUGGAUAUGCAGAUGGAGCUUGAAAGAUCCAAGCUUGCCAAACGUAGAACUGCUGCUUCAGAUGGGUCGUUUAGUUCUUGUAUUCAAGGGCCAAUGGUGCAAAUCACUGCAGGGGUGUGGAGAUUCAACGAAUAUCAUAUUGUAUUGUCUCAUUACAUCGUUGUCCGGGCCAAUAAACAAAUUGACUCUCGGAAGGGUUAUCUAAGGGGUGUCUUUAAUCUUAGCACACAAACUCCGCUGCUUGUCACGUUUCAGCUACCGCCUUCGAUGCUUGAGCCAGAUGGUGAUACAUGA